AUGGGAGAGAAUCAUGCAAACGAUUGUCACUAUCUGAUGAAAGGAGACGACGAGGAGACUUGUAUCGAUGGGCUCAACACGUCAAAUAAGCACCAGAACGAGGAAUUUUGGAGAAAGAAAACCAGCCGAUGGGACGAGGGAAGCUCACUGCGCCGCAUGCUCAAGGUGUUCAUCUUUGUGACCGUGCUCCUCUUCGUGACAAAUCUGGUCUAUGAAACGCAAAGCAGUAAGAAAUCGGAUGAUCUUAGCCUGGCUACAAUCCAGCAUGGAGAGAGCUCGAGCGCAGACGAGGAAAAUGAGGUUGCCGCAGCUGCCGAAGAUGAGGGUUUGCAUCAAGAAACAUCCAGCAACGGGAACAAGGCAGAUCUUAUUCAGAUGAGUGUGGCAAAUGACACCGCCAAGAUGUUGACUGCUCGGCAAACCAUCGCCUCUGCCCUUAAGGCGCUUCAAAAAGAUGUAGGGCCCGAGUAUGCUUCGGAGCUGUUUGGGUCAGUACGUUUUUGGAACAGGAGGUAUAUCAAGCAGAAGCUGAUUCGCGCUCUGCUGGGUCAGAACGGCUGUCCGGGCAAGGCCCAGAGUGACCACGACUUCAUCAUUCCUAUCCGAUUGUUCUAG